AUGCCAGGCACAAAACGGUUUCAAUUUGUGAUUGAGACCCUGGAGCCUGGCAAGUGGGAGUUGUCUGGGUAUGAGGCAGCCCUGCCAAUCACAGUGAAGUCAACAUUGACCCAGGACAUGAACAAAGCUGAUGCUGAGCAAAUUGUUCGAUUGCUGGGGCAAUGUGAUGCUGAGAUUUCCCAGGAGGAGGGGCAAGUCAUGCCCACAUACCAGUGACUCUACAAUGAGUCAACUCUGACCACCAUGGAACAAGUGGCUGAAAAAGUUCAGAAAGUGCUGAAAGUACCAAAUGCUGGAGUGGUGGUGCUGAGUGAAGGGGGCACCUCUGGCAGGAUGGCAUUCCUCAUGUCCGUCUCCUUUAACCAGCUGAUGAAAGGCUACCUUGUUGUUGGUGGUGACAGGUCUGUGAUGGCCUCUAGGGAGGGGACAGAAGAUAGUGCCCUGGACAGGAUUGAGGAACUGAAGAAGGUGGCUGCUGGGAAGAAGAGGGUGAUUGUCAUUGGUGUUUUGGUGGGACUCUCAGCUCCCUUUGUGCAGGCCAGAUGGACUACUGCGUGGAUAACCCAGACGUCUUUUUUGCCAGUCCUGGUUGGUUUCAACCCAUUGAGCAUGGCCAGAAAUGAUCCUAUUGAAGACUAGAGUUCAACAUUCUGACAAAUUGUGGAGCAGAUGCAGAAACUGCAAGAGCAACAGGAAGCUUUUGUGCUCAAUCCUGCAAUUGGACCUGAGGGCCUCAGUGACUCCUUCUGGAUGAAAGGUUGAAAUGCCACCAACAUCCUUCUGGAAGCCCUGUUGCCAGCAGCCCACAAGACUGUGGACCAUUAUGGUCACCUUUCUCCCAGAUGACUUUUGGAAAUCCUGCAGACAUUUGAGCAGGCUUAUCAAGUGACCUAUGGUCAAAGCCCCAAGAUUGCCACCCUGAUGAAACAGGCCAGCACCAGGUGUGUAGAUAAAGGCCGAGUGUACCUGGUUGGCUGGCAGACCCUGGGCAUCAUUGCCAUCAUGGAUGGAGUAGAGUGCAUGCAUGCCUUUGGUGCUGAUUUCCGGGAUGUCCAUGGAUUUCUCAUUGCUGAUCGCAGUGGCAUGUUUAACCAGGAGGCUGAGCUUAUCAACCAGGGUCCCCAUUUCUCCUUCUCCCAGGAAGACUUCCUGACUCCCAUCCUGCCGUCCCUCACAGAAACUGACACUGUGCUCUUCAUUUUCACCCUGGAUGACAACCUCACAGAGGUGCAGACACUGGUGCAGCAGGUGAAAGAGAAGACCUCCAACAUCAACGUCCAGGCCUUGGCACACAGCACCGUGGGGCAGUCCCUGUCAAUCCCUCUGAAGAAGCUCUUCCCCUCCAUCAUCAGCAUCACAUGGCCACUGCUUUUCUUCGAAUAUCAAGGGAACUUCAUCCAGAAGUUCCAUCAUGAGCUAAGCACCAAGUGGGUGCUGAAUGCAAUGAGUACAGGGGUGCAUGUGCUUUUCGGGCAGAUCCUCCAAAACCACAUGUUGGACCUCCUCAUUCAUAACUUCAAGCUCUUCUGGUGAGCCCUGGCCAUACUGCAGAAACAAUCUGGAACAGCCCAAGCAUGAUGGUUCAAGAGCCUCCUUUAGGUGAUCCACUUCCCUCAGCCACUGUUGGAUGAUAUGCGGGAAGCUCCCAUCUUCCAUGUCCAGGUUGCACACGAGAAGGAACAGGUGAUCCCCAUAGCCUUGCUGAGCCUCCUCUUCGUGCUGCAGUGCUCCAUCCCCGAGGCCUAGGCACAUCUGGCUGCAGCUCCGUCUGGGGCUGUCAGGAGCGCCCUCUCUGGGCCAAGUCGGAAGCGCAAGGCAGACCCGCUGGAGAGCCUAAAACCUGCCCUGCCGUGAAUUGGUGUUUCUGGGCGUGUGGAGGGGGCACAGCCCAGCCCAGCCCAGCCCAGCCCACCCCUUGGAGACUUGCUGGGCCAGCAGCAAGUGUGGUGGGAGGAGAGGCCCAUUCUUCAGGAACACCAGCUGUCCAGGGUGGGGAGAUGGUUUCUCUCCUUUGGGGAGA